AUGCCGAUCGGGGCUGAGCUGGUGCCCCCACCCGGUCUCUCUCUCUCUCUCUCUCUCUCUCUCUCUCUCUCGCUGUAAGUCCGAGUAUAUGACGAUCGUCAUUUGUUAUGGAUCGUUGGUGAAGGGUAUCCGACCGCGGUCGCUGCCCAGAAGGCGAAGAAGAAGCCGUGCUGUCCCCGCAGAAGCAAGAAGAAAGGCGACAGAGGCUUCCUCGAAGGAUGGUAUGCCCCAAGCCAUAGCUUUGGCAGUUUCUCUCUCUACUAUUCCUCUCCUUUCCCUACCUCCAAGUUUCGUCGUGGCUGCAGCAUGGCCGCCCUCUGCUGCUGCUGCCUUUGUGAGAUCUGCUUCGACUAG